AUUCAGGCGCACCUUCUCGUGCGCCUCUUCUUCUGCGAGACCGACGCCGACGUCCGCCAGUGUCUUGCCAAAGCCAUGGCCGACAUCUUGUGGCGCGCGGGCGACCGGAAGCGCGCGUUCGUCGCUCACGAAAGCCGGGAGACGUCUUCGCGCGCGCUCCCGAUGGACGGCAUUUGCGAACGACUGGUCGUAGCGACGCUCGACGACUACGACGCCCUCUGGCGACACAUCGCCGCUCUCCUCGACCACAACGCGCGCGCUCUCGGCGUCCUUUCGUUCCUCUUCUCGGCGCUGUUGACACGUGACGCGCGACAAGACAUGGAUGACGUCAGCAGUCGUCUGAUCGGACGUCACAACUAUUGCACGCAAGAAAUGGUGAAUCUGUUGCUAACGGGAAGAGCCGUUUCCAACGUCUUCGACAACACGCGCCGACUGUCGCCCGAACUGCUUCUGCGCGGAAUCGCUCGCCAGUCGCGCGUCGGCUUCCUCUCGCUCUUCGAGCACUUCGGCUGUCUUGAGGUCGGCCGAAACUACAAGAGUCCGGAAUUUCCUGUUUUCGUCGUUCAGAGCGAAAGCCAUUUCUCGGUUCUGUUCGCAAAACAAAGACUCGAAGACUGCGAAGACUUCGCGCUCUUCCACUUCGACGGACUCGCGGAUCAGCCAUCAGAGACGGAGCUGCGCGUCCGCACGGCUCAAGAGGAAGACACUGCGGCCGAAAACGUGGCGCCACUCGAGGCCGUCGUGCGGACCAAGUGGAGGAAGGCGCGCAUCGAUUGGCGCUCAGAAAGAGUGCUUUGA